GGUUCACAAUCGUAUGUUUGUUUUAAAUAGCUUUUCGCACUAAGUAUGCAUUUUAAAUUAAGUAUUCAUUAAGAGAGUCAUGGCAGUCAGCUGUGUCUGUGGCGCUACAUAAUGUUUACGGAAAUCGCUCACACGGCAUAGCACAAAUAUGAUUUUUCUUAUGUAAAACUGGUCCAGACUUUGUAGCAAGCUUUCAAAUAAUCCUCUCAGUGUUAAAAAAUAGAAUUCAUCAUUAGCGAGCUAAGCAAUUAAACAGUAUUCUAAAAAUGCUCUUGAUAGAUUAUCAAAAGCCGUUAAUAAGAAGCAAUUUCGCAAGGUAUUUGACUGGUUAGAGAGGGCAUUGGGAUGAGUGCGGAAAUAGCAGCGCGUCGUAAUUUUAGUAGAAUCGGGGCAACGCGGCCGCGGACAGAAAUAGAGGCGGCGGCACACGCGUCUUCCCGCUGUCAAUUUCGUCCGCAUAGGGCGCCCGAUUAGCAGUGACCGGCCACUCGAGCUGCGAGGAAAGUGUUGCACGGUGCCGCGCAAGCCCGCGUCGCGCCGCGCGCCGCCUGGACGUCGCGAGUGCAGUGAUACAGGACCGUGCAAUUGCAUAAUUGGGAAAAAAUGACCUUUGGUGCGCCAAACAGUGAAUUUUAGUGUUGUUUAUGUAGAGUUUAAGACAUUUAAGUGAUAAACCGGCAAAGAUGCUGAAGGGUCGCGGUCGCGAUCUGCGCGGCAUGACGUCGCCGCCGGCGCCGGCGCACCUCGCCUUCCGCCCUCCGACGAUUGCGCACGCAGCAAUGCGGCCGGCCACGCCAUCGAUGCCGCGAGCCGCCAUGAGACCUGAACCAGACUACGAGGUGGUCGAGUUCCCCAGUGAGCAGUAUGUCAACGCAAAGAUACAACCGCCGCCGCCCCCGCCGCCGAGACCACCCACGGGACACCCUCUGGAAGCUGGUGCGUCUUGCGGACUUUGCGGGGGUGGAGGAGCCCGCGUGCGCUGCGCCGAGUGCGGGCGCCGGGCGCUCUGCGCGUCCUGCGAUGACAUGUACCAUCGACACCCCAAGCGUAGGCACCACCAACGACAAGCCUUAUCACAGUCACAGUUACGAGACGAAAGACCGCCACUUCCACCUAAAACCGCUCCUCCUGUGCCUCCGCCGCGUAAACACAAGGUCGGCGGAGACAGGAUGAGUGCUAGUCCAAAACCACCUAUGAUGGUGGACCAAAGACGAGCUACUCUAAGCUCUCCUCAUCAUAUGCCUGUGAUGAUGGGAGCACAUACAGGCCAGAUUGCUGCAGCGCCAUCCGGCAACCAUUUCGCCCUCCAACAACAGCAUGCCCCUCAGAUACCCCUACAUCUUCAAACUAAGCUGUCAACAACACCUACACCAAACCACCUCGGUAGCAUGCCUUUCCUGCACGCCAACGCACAUCACGCUGCAGCGACUGCUCCGCCGGUACAAGGUCAAUCGAAUACUCUUUCUCAUAUGAAUGCCGCCUGGAGUAGACCUCGAGGUUCAUUGCAAGGAUUUGGGAUGCAUCCAAACAUGAACCUACCGCCUGCCGAGAAUUGGGAAAACGCAGAGGGUAUGAAUCCGGCUAUACAAAGCUGGAAUCGGCCCUUACGUCGAGGUGCAUCAGUGUUAGAGUUGAGUGGUGAAUCAGCAGCGGCGUGCGUUGGAUGUUCGCACUGUGCACCCAUGCCGUGGCGUUACGGAAGCUGCGCCAGCCUCGACCACGCCUGGCCGAACAAUGCUCCUGGAUGGCCACCUACUUGCUGCCCACCAGGACAUCCAGCUCAUAAUGCCCAGAUGCAUCCACAUCAGCAUAUGCACCAACCACAGACUCCGCAGCCUUACAGAAGAGCGGAGAGUCGUGCAGUUUCCCGAACUGGGUCUAGAGCAGGAUCACGAGCACCUUCACCAGCCAUGAGCGUGCGGUCCAGGACUUCUCGGCGUACGAAGCACCGCACACCUUCACCCCCGCCGGUGCCGUCGAGUGACGCAGAUUCCGAAAGUGAAAGCGAGAGUGAUCACGCUCCUCAACCUAACCACUCCAAACCACAAGAAAAAAGAGAGGAAUCCCUAGGCCCAGCUGCCCCACCACCCACUACUACGUGGCAAUGCGAGCACUGCACCUAUGUUAAUGAGCCUGGAGUGCGGGUGUGUGCCAUCUGCUGUCGAACUCCAAUCACUGCCCCUAAAACAGUUGCUAAAGAUGUAAUUGAAAAUGUUGAAAGACUGAGAAUCACUAGUAAGGAGUCGCCGUCACCUGCACGUGUAGUUCAAGAGACAAGAGUUGAUAGAGAAGUACGAUCUGCUUCAAAACCUAAGAAAGAACGUACCUCCACUGGAUGUGGUCCGUCGCCACCACGUGAAGCAAAUAAUAUUAAGAAACCAUUCAAUCGACUCGUCACGCCAACACGAGAGCAAAACACUUAUGACGAAAACUUACAUGAAAGGAAUGAUAUGGCCGUGGGCCCGUCGCCGCCUAGGGAGGUUCGGAAUGGCAAACAGGCAAAGCGAGAUACGAGUACGGAAAUAUCGCCUCCUCGUGAUUCUAAUAAAACAAUGAGGGUGUCUCCUUUCCGUGAUAGCAAAGAAAUACCGACAACGGUAAAAAGACACAGUAUAUCGGUUGGUCCAUCACCACCUAGAGAAAACUCACCGCGAAACAAUGUUAUUACGCCAAAUGUCCAAAAAAAGUCCACUGGGACGUCUCCACCGCGAGACGUUACUAACCAGCGGCCAUCUUCUUCAGCAACAAACAAAACAAAUGUAUCCAACACUGGCACAUCACCACCACCGCAAAGCAUCUCGACGCAGACUUACGAAGUUCCGAAUUCGACUGCAUGGGAACGUGCAUCGUCAGUAUCAAGAUCACGACCGCGGCGACGUUUUCGUGACGAUAUCAGAAGAGAACGAUCUCAAAGCAGACAUUCUAUGUCCAGUGAUACUCGUGAAAGCGACCGAAGUGUGAGAACAGCAGGUGCGAGUAGCAGAUGGGAGUGGCGAGAGCGUGACAGCAGUCCCGGAGGUGAAUGGGCAGACAAUUACAACAGUCGCCUGUCUCGACGCGCCUCGCAUCUCGAUUUACGCCGGGCGAGACCCAAUCACCGGUCUAGCUAUUACGGCUCUGAGGCACCCUCUCCUGAACGUCAGUCUACAACCCGGGCUAUUUCCCUUGAAGCUCUAGCUGGAGCGGGGGCCAAGCGCGAAGCGGAAAGAGGAAUGGAAUUAGCUCAGUUAAUGGGUGAAGCUGAAAGGCUCGGAUUCAGCGCCGCGGAAGUACAAGCUGCGUUGACUCAGAGUCCAGCGGCACCAUUGGCUUGGUUACGAGAACGCUGGCCAAGUCUAUGUGCUGGAGUGCGUGCGGCUGCCGCACGUCUGGCUCCUUCAGCCGCCAUUACUGAGCUGGAAGCAAGGGCGGCUCUUGCUAGGCAUAGAGGAGCAAUGUGGCCUGCUGUAACAGAAUGCGUAGAUAGACACCGUCGGCAGACGGACGUUAUUAGUGUUGGAGAAGAGGGACGACUACGAGGUCACGUUUGGGGGUCCCCUGCGGGCGCAGACGACGACGCUGCACCUCCUCGCUCCUCAUCCCGCCAAUCUCACCGCUUGCGCGCAGAAGAUAGUUCAGAUGAGUUUGAAGCACCGACACCGCCUAAAUUUCAAGACGACGACUGGAUGUAUUUACCACUUAAUGUGAAUAUUAAUGAUUAUGAACGAGAAGCAAAUCUUAUGGAAGACAAUUACUCCGACAAAAAGGCUGUAACUGAAAAUAAAGAUGAUAUAGCCAGAAAACUAAAGAUGCUCCUCCAAGAAGCUGGGAUUCCUUUGGUUGAUGAAAAACUACUUUUACAGGGCUUGUUAUCUGGUAAUGGAGUAUAUGAGCCUCCUGCAACUCCUGCAAAUAAUAAUGUCAUUGAAAAAGCACAGCCUAUUGAUUUUAUUCAAUCUGAAAAUGAUUUUAUAGAUGCCUACAAUGCACUUACGAGAUCAAGUCCUUUACCCAACAUAAAUAAAACAAACGAUAAUGCAGAUAUUGCAAAUGUUAAUGAACUUAAAGUCACAAACACGACGAUUAUGGAACCAAAAGUCUUAAAAGAAAGUAAAGAAACCCACAUGAAUGUUUCAAAUAGCGAUAACGCAGAAAACCAAAAGCAACAAACCCCACAGCAUAGCGUGAUUGUGAUUAAUAAUGAAACGCUAGAAAAAAAUCACCACCAAAAUGAAAAAAUAAAGGUUAUGGAACAAUUUGAAGUUUCUAACGAAGAUAAUCAUAAUUUAGCAUUAACAACAGAAAGUCCUACAGAAGAUUUUGUCAUUCCAUCUGAAACACAAGAAAUUAUUCUUGAACAAAAUAAUUAUAUACAAACUGAAGACAAAUCUAACAAUUUGUCAACUAUUGUUGAUAGCACGCAAAGACUUAUACAACAGAUGAAAGAAGAAAUUAAUUCUGACAUUCAUUCUAUUGAUGGUAGGACAGUGUCUCAAAGUGAAUCUGAAACUAGUUCAGAGGGAUCUGAUGAUGAACAAGAGUCAAGUUUUAGUGAAUCGGAGGAAAGAACAGAUAACCUAACAUCAGACGAAAAAGAAAUGACAAGUUCUGAAGACGAAGACCCAGAACCAAUUCAAAAUGAGGUCAUAGCAGAUCAGUACAGAUCUAGUUCUGAGGAAAAUGAUACGUUUGAAGAAGCAUUAGACCAUGUAGAAAAUCAGUUGGAAGAUUUCAAACAUGUAAACAUUGAAAUGCUUGAUUCAAUUGCUCGCACACUGCAAGAGGAACAUACCUUUUCAGUAAAAGUGGUGGAUUCAAAUGCUGACAAUAUUCCGAAGCCAACGAGAAAACAAGAUUUAAAUAAUAAUUUGUUUGUUGCAGUAAACAGCUUCGAAGAAAUUUAUGACGAUCUUACUUCUCAAAAUAAUAAAUUUAAUAAUGUAAAUCAUGAACCUGUUGCAUCCCAAAAUACAGACAAAGAAAUAGAAACGAAUAAUGUUAAAUUACUUGCAAAGGAGUCAAUAAUAAUUUCCCAAAUGAAAGCCAUAGUACCUACAAAAUUAAUUAUUACCGAAAAUGAACAUCCUAAAUUAAAAGCACAAGUCGAGUACAUUGAAGAACCACAGACUGAAAAAAUUGAUAUACAAGAUGAAAUAAAUUCUUUGCCAAACACGGAGCCUAAUAAUCAAACUUACCAAAAUAUAAACACAUUGCCUUCAGAAACUAAUAACCUUGUGGAAAAUAACUCACACAAAAUCACAGAAAAUGUAAUAAUAAAUGAGGCGCAUGAUUCUACAGGCCUUGCUGCUGUUGUAUCCAAUAGCAACAUCAAUAAUAUAAUACCAGAAAAUCCCAACGCUCUCAUCCAACAAGCGACUAAUACAUCCGAAAAUGUAUUUUCAGAAACAACAAUUGAUACCAGUAGUAUUAAAAACUCAACAACGAACAAGUCCAACAUCCCAAAACUAGUAAAAAUCAUACCAAGUAACAAACCAAAAAAUGACAAAAAUGCACCCAAGCUCAUUGUUUCAAAGGUCCCUGUGCGACGAACAUCAAUUAAGCAACAUCCUGCACCUGCUCCACCUAAAACUCAUUUUGGUAAUAUUACAAGUGGUCAUGUAAAGCAGUUACAAACUAGACUCUUUAAUAACAAAGUAACUCCCUCCAAGCCUGCUCCCACUCCACCUGAAGAACCCGAAGUUAAACCAUCAACUUCAACGCUUAGCAAAAAAAAACAAGCUCCUCUCCCACCCACAAAACAUCAACAGGAAAAGCAGAUCUCCCCGCCCAAAACAACGCCUACAAAAGAAAAGAAACAAUUUUUCCGCGAAACGUGUCGGACUGAAGAUGAAUGGACCGAAAGCGAUUCUGAAGACUCGCAAGUACAAAUUAUGAGACCUACUGAAGAAUCAACACAUAGACCGCCGUCACCGCCUCCGCCAAUUACUAUGCGUCGUGUUUCCGGACAAAUAAUUGAUUUGGCUAAAGUACGACUUCCAGAAGGUUCUCCGGAGAGGCAAGCCCGAAUGCUACUCGCUGAAGGUGCGACUGAAACAUGGGAACAGGCACAACUAGCAGUUGAAUUAAUAUCGCAAGGUGCCGAUCCACCAGCUGCAUUAUUAGCCGCUCUCGAAUGCGCUGACCUCACUUCAGCUCUCGCGUAUUUAUAUCAAGACUGUGAACUCUGUGCAUCCCGUUUACCUGAGCAUGAGAUGGUGUCAAUGUUGCGUUGUACGCAUCGCUGCUGUCGAGAAUGUGCACAUCUAUAUUUUACCGUACAAAUUACGGAACGAAGUAUCGCCGACUGCGUAUGCCCGUAUUGUAAGCUACCCGAACUGGAAAGCUUACCGGAAGAUGCUUGGCUUGAAUAUUUUGCACAUUUGGACAUACUUUUGAAAACUUUGCUCGAAGUAGAAGUUCAUGAAUUGUUUCAAAGAAAGUUACGAGACCGAACUUUGGCUCGCGAUCCAAACUUUAGAUGGUGUAUGGAAUGCUCAUCUGGUUUUUUUGUUCAUCCGAAACAAAAACGAAUCCGAUGCCCAGAAUGCAGGUCUAUAAGCUGCGCUUCGUGCAGAAAACCGUGGACAGCUAAUCACGAAGGACUGAGUUGUGAACAAUAUACAGCAUGGUUAGAGGACAAUGAUCCUGAACGUUCAGUUACGGCAAUACAGCAACAUUUGAGGGACAAUGGCCUGGAAUGUCCCCGGUGCCACUUUAAGUACUCCUUGUCCAGAGGGGGCUGCAUGCACUUUACUUGUACUCAAUGCAAAUAUGAGUUUUGCUACGGCUGUGGAAAACCAUUCACAAUGGGCGCACGAUGCGGUUUAAGUGAUUAUUGUGCAAAAUUGGGAUUGCAUGCGCAUCAUCCAAGAAAUUGUUUGUUUUAUUUACGUGAUAAGGAGCCCCACGAAUUACAAACUUUACUUCAGAUGAACAACGUAACAUUUGAAUCGAACGCUGCCGAAGGCAGUACCGGACGCUGCCCCGUGCAGUUGCAGCGCGAAACACCCACUGGACUGGUGGACGGCACGUGUGGCAGUGAAGCCCCCACAAAUUACGCAGGGCUCUGCAAGAACCAUUACCUGGAAUACCUGAGUCGGUUGAUUCGGCGCUGCAGUGUCGACCCGCUACCGAUCCUGGGCGUGGACGACCUGGAGACGCUGGACGCACUACGUGGAGUACCUGGCGGGGCUGGCGCGCGGCCUAGACCCUAUCCCCAUCAUGGACGUGACCGAGCUCGUGGCCGAGCUGCGCCGCCGCGCACUCCCGCUGCCCGAGCGCGGGCCUUGGGACAGUGACCCCAUCUAUGCCGGGAUGUGUGCGGAGAUAGUAAAAGAGAAGAUUCCACUGGAUUGACAAGAUUUCAGACGACUUUUGUGUCGGUUGCUUCAAAGAAUAAUGUAUUUAUUAUAAUGUACCCAAUAAUUUAUAAUACAUAUUAACACAAAAUAAAAUACUA